GCCGGCGGAUAGUUUCCGGUAGUAUGGCGACUGCAUCCCUAAAUGCACCCGUUGCCUCUCCUUAGUUUCUCCAAGGAGGUGCUGAGAGCCAGUGUGGUUCCUUCCAUGUGGCUUGAGGGACUAUGCUGCUGCUGGUAGGUCUGUGCCUGCUCUGCACUUAUAAAACCAUCUCCGCCACAGACAGCGGGCAGGACAGCAGCCGCACACCACAGCUGGACUACAGCAGCCUGGAGCUGCCUCAACAACAUAUUCCUUUCUUUUUGCAUAACAACAAAGGACUGGCCAAACUUUGCAAGGAGGACCCGCUUUGCCCUUUUAAAGAUGCUCUGCUGCUCAAAAAGGCCUGUUGGGGAUAUGAAAAGAGCUGCGCUCCUGAGCACAGGUUUAGCUAUCCUGUCUGCACCAGUCUUGACUCGGGAUGGGCCAACUCUAUUCAGGCUGCCCAGGAGCUGUUCUGGAAGCAGGCAGAUUUUGGUUAUGUGAGGGAGCGUCUCAGUGAGAUGAAGACUUUGUGCAAGCCGUCGAGUCCUGGUGAUUCCUCUCUGAAGUGCACCAGUCAUAUGCGGUUCUGCAGGGCCAUAAAUCUGUACCUGGACCUGAGGAGUCCCCGCAGAGGUCAUGAGAGGUAUAAAGAGGAUUUCCUGGAACAGGGUGAGAUCGGUGGGCACUGCAGCCUUAAUAAUAAAGCACUAGCCACAGAAGGGAUGCACAAGAGCCCUCUUCAGUCUUGGUUUGCUGAACUGCAAACAUACUCAGAGUUUGACUUCCACCCCCUGGAUGAUGGCCAUUGUGAUGUUAUAAUUGACAGACCAACUGUCUUCAUGAAGCUGGACGCAGGAGUGAACAUGUACCAUCAUUUCUGUGACUUUGUCAACCUCUACAUCUCUCAACACCUCAACAAUUCCUUCAGCCGUGACAUAAACAUUGUCAUGUGGGACACAAGUUUGUAUGGAUAUGGAGACCUGUUCAGUGAAACGUGGCGGGCUUUUACCGAUUAUGACAUCAUUCACCUCAAAAUCUUUGACUCCAAAAGGGUGUGUUUCAGGGACGCAUUUUUCUCACUCCUUCCAAGAAUGCGAUACGGCCUUUUCUACAACACCCCUCUUAUCUCUGACUGCCACAGCGAGGGGCUGUUCAAGGCUUUUUCCCAGCAUGUCCUUUAUCGACUUGGUGUCCCACAAGAUGGCCCGAAGGAGGGCCAAGUUCGUGUCACUCUGUUGGCAAGAAGCACUGAGUACCGUAGGAUAAUAAACCAGCAGGAGCUUAUCAAUGCCCUGAAGACUGUGCCUUUAUUUGAGGUCAAGCUGGUGGAUUACAAAUACAAAGAGAUGCCGUUUCUGGAGCAGAUCCGCGUCACACACAACUCUGAUAUCUUCAUUGGGAUGCAUGGAGCCGGACUGACCCACCUUCUCUUUCUCCCCGACUGGGCCGUCAUAUUUGAAUUGUACAACUGUCAAGAUGAGAGCUGCUACCGUGAUCUGGCCCGACUGAGGGGAGUCCAUUACAUGACUUGGCAGAAAAGGGACAAAGUGUUCCCCCAGGAUAAGGGUCAUCACCCUACUCUUGGGGAACAUCCUAAGUUUACCAACUACACUUUUGAUGUAGAGGAGUUCAUGCGGUUAGUCCUUCUAGCGGCUGAACAUGUGACCCGGCACCCGGCGUGGCGUGCAAAACAAGCCCGAGAUGAACUGUAGCCUGUAAGACAUGGUGGUCUCCUGCCAGGAGAUAGAUGAACACACUCCUACAAACUCUCUGCACUCUUUAAAUGUUGCUGUGCUAACAAAAAGUGCAUGGCGAAUAUGUGAAAGCACAUUUUAAAUUCAGAAAAAAUGAUCUGCGCUGUUACAUUCUGCACAUGGAGGUGCUGUGGACCUUGUUAAAGGACUCACACCGUAUUGGCAGAUAUAUUGGUUUGACAUAUUUGUGAUGUAUUUUGUGUGGUCUCCUAUCCCUCUCCUCAAGUAUAUGUGUUUUUUUUAGAGACUAUACUUUUUUGAGUGCAGCUUCGUAAUGGCAAAGGUUUGAAUUUCAACACAGGGAGGAGAUUCCAGGUCAGUGGAUCAAUAUAAGGUAGUAAGACGUCUUUAAACAGCACUUUUUCGGCUUGGGAAACUGAACUGAUGUUGAGUUCACCCACGUAGUUUGGUAGCAUUUUUCUAUAACAGUCAAACCACAUAUAAAGCAUUUUUAGGCAAAGGAGAUGUUAUGAAGCGGAUGUUAAACUAUGUUAAGGGAUUCAUGACUCCAGUCCUGUUGCACUCAUUGAGAUAUUGGUUCAGUAUUCUAUUUUAAGUAUUUUUUUAUCAGUGUUAGGAUCCUCAGACCCUUCAAAAAGUGGCUAAUCAGUAACAAAUGUUGCUGAAUUUUUAGUGCUGGGUUGAGUUCAUGUCAAAAGUAUUUAAUAAAAUCCUGUAAUGAUAUUUUAAAAGUUUUUUGUUGAAAAGAUUUGUUUUGUAUUUGAAUGGUUUUGCAAACUGAAAUGAAGCUAUU